AGGCCAAAGGAACAAACACAUUUACACAUAUGGGCCUGAAGCAAGUGUGAUCUUCCUGGUACUCUCUUUCAUUUUGCGAACACAAGUGCAUUCAGAUCCGGGCAUGUGUCGGUUCUAGGCGUCGAAGUCGUAGGAGCAGAACGCCAUUCUUCCUUUGAGAUAUCCCACCACGAAUAGUUGCCGUUUCUGGAUUGCAAAGUUCACAUAUAUUGAUGAAGAGGUGAGGCAACAUGUCAGCAUCUCAAGCGCUAGGCGGUCCUUCCCGCUGUGGCUGGGUACUAGGUCCGUCUCUUGAUAAGAUCAUCAAGAACGUCGCCUGGAGGAAACACUCGCAGCUCGUCGCCGCCUGCAAGUCCGCUCUCGACAAGCUUGAUUCCGUAGUUGACGACCCUGUCGAUCCAGCUUCCUGCACCCCUCUCUAUGGUCUCUCUACUUCUGAUGCCGAUUUCGUCUUGCAACCCCUCAUCAUGGCUCUUGAUUCUUCCUCUCCUAAAGUUGUUGAACCUGCACUCGAUUGCUCCUUCAGGUUGUUCUCCUUGGGCUUGAUCCGCUGCGAGAUCGACACCCCCACUCCUACCCCCAGCCCCAGCCAUAACCCAAGUUCCCACUCCCACAUUUUCCGCCUAAUAGAUUCCGUCUGUAAGUGCGGGGCUCUUGGGGACGAAGCCAUCGAGCUAGCUGUACUCAGGGUCUUGCUCUCUGCCAUUCGAUCUCCCUACGUGCUUGUCAGAGGUGAUUGCCUUGUCCAUAUUGUUAGGUCUUGUUACAAUGUCUAUCUCGGGGGAAUGAAUGGCACCAAUCAGAUCUGUGCCAAGUCCGUUCUUGCUCAGAUGAUGAUAAUUGUUUUCACCAGAGUGGAGGAGAAUUCCAUGAUAGUGGACUUCAAGACCGUCUCUGUAGCUGAACUCUUGGAGUUCACGGAUAGAAAUUUGAACGAGGGAAGCUCCAUACAGAUCGCCCAGAAUUUCCUCAAUGAGAUUGUGGAUGUCAAGUCCAAAGAAGGCAUUGCUGAAUCAAAGUUGUGUUUGCAGUUGGAGAAUGACAACAGUGAAAAGAAGGGUGAGCUCAUUGAUGGAGAGCCGGGUGAAGGAGCUGAUCUGAGUGGUUAUAGUAAGAUUAGAGAGGAUGGGUUCAUGCUCUUCAAGAAUUUGUGCAAGUUGUCUAUGAAGUUUUCAUCACAAGAGCACGCAGAUGACAAUAUUUUGUUAAGGGGGAAAGUACUAUCAUUGGAGCUCCUAAAGGUUAUCAUGGAUAAUGCUGGUCCUAUUUGGCGCUCAAAUGAGAGGUUUCUUAAUGUUAUCAAGCAAUUUUUGUGCUUGUCGUUGUUGAAGAACAGUGCACUAUCUGUGAUGACGAUCUUUCAACUUCUUUGUUCAAUAUUCAAGAACUUAUUAUCAAAAUAUAGAUCUGGGUUGAAAUCAGAAAUUGGAAUCUUCUUCCCCAUGCUCAUCUUGCGUGUGCUGGAGAAUGUGCUUCAGCCUAGUUUCUUGCAGAAGAUGACUGUUUUGGGAUUGCUGGAGGAGAUAUCUAAGGAUCCUCAGAUUAUCAUUGAUGUAUUUGUCAACUAUGAUUGUGAUGUCGAUGCUCCUAACAUAUUUGAGAGGACUGUUAAUGGUCUUCUUAAGACUGCUCUUGGUCCGCCUCCCGGUUCCACUACUACGCUGUCCCCAGUCCAAGAUAUUACAUUUCGCUCUGAAUCUGUGAAAUGCUUGGUCACAAUUAUUAAGUCAAUGGGGAUGUGGAUGGACCAACAAUUGAAGGUAGGGGACCCUAAUCAAGAUAAGGUGUCUGAUCAUGAAGUUUCAGAAGCGGCUAUCAGCGUUAGUGAAGAGGGUAACAUAGACUAUGAGCUACAUCCGGAUGCAAAUUCUGAAUUUUCUGGUGCUGCUGCCUUGGAGCAACGCCGUGCUCAUAAAUUAGAAAUACAGAAAGGCGUUUCACUGUUCAACAGAAAGCCUUCAAAGGGUAUUGAUUUCUUAAUGAGCACCAAAAAGAUUGGGAAUUCCCCAGAAGAUGUAGCUUCUUUUCUGAAAAAUACCACUGGGUUGAAUCCAACCAUCAUUGGUGAUUAUCUGGGUGAAAGAGAGGAGUUUCCUCUGAAAGUUAUGCAUGCAUAUGUUGAUUCUUUUAAUUUUGAAGGUAUGAAUUUUGGUGAAUCAAUCAGAUAUUUCCUUCGAGGGUUCAGAUUACCCGGUGAAGCUCAGAAGAUUGACCGUAUAAUGGAGAAGUUUGCUGAGCGCUUUUGUAAAUGCAAUCCCAACUCUUUUACCAGCGCAGAUACAGCUUAUGUGCUAGCUUACUCCGUGAUAAUGCUCAAUACAGAUGCACAUAAUAGCAUGGUGAAAGAUAAGAUGACAAAAGCUGAUUUUAUCCGGAACAAUCGAGGGAUCGACGACGGGAAGGAUUUACCUGAAGAUUAUUUGGGUGCUCUUUAUGACCAAAUUGUGAGAAACGAGAUAAAGAUGAAAGCAGAUUCUUCCGUGCCACAAAACAAGCAGGGGAAUAGUCUUAAUAAGCUGUUGGGCUUGGAUGGUAUACUGAAUCUAGUAUGGAAGCAGAGAGAGGAAAAACCACUGGGUGCAAACGGAGUUCUCGUGAGGCAUAUUCAAGAGCAGUUUAAAGUAAAAUCUGGAAAAUCUGAGUCUGUCUAUUAUGUCAUUGCAGAUCCAGCUAUUUUGAGAUUUAUGGUAGAAGUCUGCUGGGGUCCCAUGCUUGCUGCUUUCAGUGUCACCCUAGACCAGAGUGAUGAUAAGAAUGCCACUUCUCAAUGUUUGCUAGGGUUCAGGCAUGCUGUGCAUAUUACAGCUGUGAUGGGUAUGCAGACGCAGAGAGAUGCUUUUGUCACCUCUAUGGCAAAGUUCACUAAUCUUCAUUGUGCGGCCGAUAUGAAACAAAAAAAUGUUGAUACAAUGAAAACAAUAAUGUCAAUUGCCAUUGAAGAUGGGAAUCAUCUUCAUGAAGCGUGGGAGCAUAUAUUGACAUGUCUAUCUCGAUUUGAGCAUCUGCAGUUGCUGGGGGAGGGAGCGCCAUUUGAUUCCUCCUUUUUUACUUCCUCGGGCUCUGAAUCUGAGGAAAAAACAUUGAAGUCAGCUGGAUUUCCAUCUCUGAAGAAAAAAGGGACACUCCAGAAUCCAACUGUUGCUGCUGUUGUUAGAGGGGGUUCAUAUGACAGUGCUGCUGUUGGAGCUAACUCUCCAACAUUGGUGACUCCAGAACAGAUAAAUAACUUCAUUUCAAACUUGAACUUACUUGAUCAGAUCGGCAACUUUGAACUAAAUCACAUAUUUGCUCAUAGCCAAAGGCUGAACAGUGAAGCAAUAGUAGCUUUUGUCAAGGCCCUUUGCAAAGUUUCAAUGUCAGAACUACAGUCUCCGACAGAUCCUCGUGUAUUUAGCCUUACAAAAAUUGUUGAAGUUGCGCACUAUAACAUGAACCGUAUCAGAUUAGUGUGGUCCCACAUAUGGAGUGUUCUUUCAGAGUUCUUUGUGGCUGUUGGUUUGUCAGAAAAUCUUUCAGUUGCAAUUUUUGUUAUGGACUCAUUACGACAACUUGCUAUGAAGUUUUUAGAACGAGAGGAACUGGCGAACUACAACUUUCAGAAUGAAUUUUUGAGACCAUUUGUUAUUGUUAUGCAACAAAGUAAUUCUGCUGAAAUCAGGGAGUUGAUAGUUCGUUGUAUUUCUCAAAUGGUUCUGAGUCGUGUCAAUAAUGUAAAAUCUGGGUGGAAGAGUGUUUUUAUGGUUUUUACAGCUGCUGCUGCAGAUGAAAGGAAGAAUAUUGUGUUGCUGGCCUUUGAAACCAUGGAAAAGAUCGUACGGGAGUAUUUUCGUUAUAUCACCGAGACUGAAGCAUUGACUUUUACGGAUUGUGUUAGAUGCCUCAUCACCUUCACAAACAGCAGAUUCAACAGUGAUGUCAGCCUCAACGCUAUUGCUUUUCUCCGUUUCUGUGCUGUCAAACUUGCAGAAGGGGGCCUUGUUAGCAAUGAGAAAAACAAAAAUAAUGAUUCAUCCAUUCCAGUGGCCGAAAAAGAAGCUUCAGAUGGGCUAAUCUUCACAGAUAAGGAUGACUAUAUGUCUUUCUGGGAGCCUCUGCUCACAGGGUUAUCUAGACUGACUUCAGAUCCUCGAUCAGCUAUUAGAAAGAGUGCAUUGGAAGUUCUGUUCAACAUCUUGAAGGACCACGGCCAUCUCUUCCCAUGCCUAUUCUGGAUUAAUGUCUUCAAGUCUGUAAUCUACCCAAUAUUCAGUCCAGUAAAUGAUAUUCCAGAAGCUGAAGUGAAAUAUGACCAGUCAUUUAAAUCUAGAUACACACCACCAGCAGAUGGAUGCUUAUGGGACUCUGAAACUUCUGUGGUGGCAGCUCAAUGUUUGGUGGAUUUGUUUGUUAAUUUCUUUGAUAUUGUGAGGUCUGAAUUGCCUAGUGUAGUCUCUAUAAUGAUAGGAUUCAUAAAAGGUUCUGGCAAGGAUCCUGCAGCUACUGGGGUAGCUUCUGUGAUGCGGUUGGCAGGGGAUUUGAGAGGCAAAUUCUGUGAAGAGGAAUGGGAAGUUAUCUUUCUAGCUCUGAAAGAAGCUUCAUAUUCCACUCUACCCAAUUUUCAGAAGCUUUUGAGAACAAUGGACAACAUUGAGAUAUCUAUUAGUGAUAUGGAAACAUCUUCUGGGGCUGGAUUGGUAUAUGAUGAAUCAGAUGAUGACAACCUGCAUACUGCGGGAUAUGUUGUUUCAAGGAUGAAGGACCAUAUAGCAGCUCAGUUGCGCAUCAUACAGGUUUCAUCUGAUCUCUACAAGAUGUGUCGGCAAUCAAUAUCAGUUGAUACUGUCACUGUCCUCCUUGGAAUCUAUUCAGCUAUCACUUCUCAUGCUCAGCAAUUGAAAUCUGAGAAAGUUGUACAAGUGGAGCUGCAAAAAGCAUGUUCUAUCCUUGAGAUACCAGAACCUCCGCUGGUAAUUUUUGAAAAUGAGUCCUACCAGAAUUACCUCAAUUUCUUGCAUGAGUUGCUUGUGAGCAAUCCAUCAUUUGUCGAAGAGAAGAAUAUAGAACCAGAACUUGUGGGUGUAUGUGAAGAAAUUCUACGUGUAUACUUGGAAUGUGCUGGGUUGAACUCUGUCAAGAAGAAACCAGAUGAUAAGGCAAUAUACCAGUGGAAUCUUCCCUUGGGAUCAGCGAAGAAGGAAGAACUGGUAGCAAGGACUCCCUUGGUUCUGUCAGUACUACGCAUUCUGUGCAGUUGGCAAAUGGAUUCUUUUAGGAAGUACAUUUCUCAGUUGUUCCCAUUAAUGAUAGAUCUUGUUCGGAGUGAGCAUAGCUCUGGAGAGGUCCAGAUUGAACUAAGCCAUUUUUUCCAAUCCUGUAUCGGUCCCAUUAUUAUGAAAUUGUGAUCUAUGCCAUUUAGUGAACUGUUCUUGGGUCAGAAUUUAAAAUCUGGUUAGGGUAGAUCCCUUCUACUUGGAAGCUUUGUUUUUAUGGUUACUUACAUGAACCUCCUUCAUACUUUAACAUAACUAGAUAACCUCAUUUUAACCUAA